UUUAAGUGUUGUGAUAAGUAGAUAUUUAUAUAUAAUACCAUGUGAUGUUAACAAUCUACAGUUAGGGAAAUGUCAUCCUUUAAGAAGGUGAAGAUAUUUUGACUGAUAACAAAAAUGAUGUCAAAACAGACGGGGGAAUACCGACAUAUAGGGGACCAUUACCGAGCUGAGGAGAGAGGACCGCAGCAAAAUGUUAUGACGUCACAUCCACCCUUGUCUUAUUCACCUCGGAGUCCUCGUGUUUCUCCGAAGUCCGUCUUAGAAGCGUACAUGUUAGCUGUUCCUUUUGGUCUUCUGGGAUUCCAUCACUUUUACCUGCGUCGUCCGGGAUUUGGAAUUCUGUACUUCUUCACGUUCGGUCUCCUGGGAGUAGGUGUUCUGGUAGACUGGUUCCGGUUGCCCUGCCUGGUAAACGAUGCGAAUAGACGCUUGCAGAAUCCAGAUUUACCCGGAAAUGACGACAAACGAUUGGAUGACGCUUAUCUUCUGUGGUUUGUUUUCGGUCUGUUUGGCUUUCAUCAUUUUUAUCUGCGGAACAAAAGUUUGGGAUUCCUCUAUUUCUUUACCGGUGGUCUCCUUGGAAUAGGUUGGUUAAUAGACAUUGGCCGCCUUUACUCAGUUGUUCGCAAAACAAAUGAAAAACACAGGAGUGGAAUGGACAAAUGCGAAAAAUGCUCUCUACUUAUUGCAUACCUUUUCAACCUCCUUCCGCUUCCUGGAAUUCUGGGAGCCCAUCAUUUUUAUUUGGGUCGAUAUUUCUUCGGGAUUGCGUACUUCCUCAGCUUCGGCCUUCUGGGCUUUGGUUGGCUAGUGGAUCUGUUCCGACUUCCUAUUCUCGUAAAUCGUGCCAAUGAGAAAAUUCAAAAUAAGGAUUCAGUUCCCACUCCAGAGAAAGUCUACCUAGACGAUGCUUAUGUUCUCUGGUUUCCAUUUGGAAUCGCAGGAUAUCAUCAUUUCUAUUUAAGACGUUAUGUGUGGGGGGUCUUGUACUUCACGACUUUUGGAUUAUUUGGGAUGGGGUGGCUGAUGGACAUGUGUCGAAUACCAAGUCUGGUCAAAGAUUGCAACGAAAAAUUGAUGAUGUUGCCUUUCCUAAUUCAUGAGCCAAGAGAUCAUACUCCCCAUGUUGUAAACUCUCACAUCUCUGGUGGGCGUCACGUGAUCUCCGAUCAACAUACAGGGUAUGAAACAGGAAAUAACAGACUUUACCCAUCAGCCCCUCCUCCAAUCGAAACGAGGACCAAUGACUACACAGGUGGAUUGCACGGCCCCCCGGGAUAUACGGACCCACCACCACCCUACACGGAAUAGAGCGCGACAGGACCAGGAUCUCACACAGACUAUAUAUUACUUUUGAUUGUGAAAAAGUUUAAAUUCCCCCCCCCCCCCCCCCCCCAUCCAUAAUCAAUUAUUUAUAAGCUUAAAAAAUGUUGUAAAGGGCACUAACUCCUAUGUUGGUAUUUCCUCUACCGUAUGUCUAUUACACAAUGAUUUUUUAGUAUCCACAAAUAACUUAUACGUAUUUAUAAAUUAGCAGUUUUUCUAAACUGUUGACAUUGAAAAUUUGUUAUUUGAACAAGUAUUAAUCUGUUUUGUGAAAAUAUGUUAUUUUAUAAUGUUGACCUAUACUUCAGUUUUAGUAUGUCUGCCAUCUUUAAAAAAGGUGUCAACAUACAUAUUUUCUUUGGUUAUCAAUUAAAUUUAACUAUAUUCAGUGGAAAUUGAUCAAGUUUUUCCACUUUUAACCAUUAAUAUUGAUAAGUCACAUGAGGAUGGAGCUACCUCAAGUCAACAAGUGCCUUGUGUCUAUCUCUCGUGAAAGCUUAAAUGAAAUGGAAACGCAGUAUAUUCUUAAUUGUGUCCACUCACCCACGCAGACUUACUUACCGAACAUGGGGACGGUAAUUACCCACCCACGCAGAGUUUCAAGUUUCUUUAUUCACUCAAACCAACAAUACGUGGUACAUGAGGUCAAGUACAUGUGACUGAGUAAUUUAGGUAAAUAUCUUAAAUGCGCCGCGAAACUACGUAAUGACACGGUUAUUAAUUACAUGCACUUCAUAGAGCAUACCCCCCCCCCCCUUCAUAUACCAGAUACAGUACAUGUUAUGAAUUAGUGUCAUUGGUUAUGAAUACCUGUAAUAUAUAUAUAUAUAUAUAUAUAUAUAUAUAUAUAUAUAUAUAUAUAUAUAUAUAUCUAUCUAUCUAUCUAUCUAUCUAUAUAUAUAUGUAUAUACUGUGUAUAUAUAUAACUUAUGCGAUGACAUUACUGUAUAACGUUAUGUAAGUUUAUGCACUCUCCAUAUACUGUUCCUGUAUGUAUUAUAUCUUUAUAUCUACUGUACUGCCUGUGUAUAUAUAAUAUGUGUAUGUGAAUCCAAUGAGCCAUAUGUCUCACGGAAAUAAAAAAAAAACAACAUUCCAAUGGGAAAAGAGAUACAUGGAAGAGAGACACAAACAUAAUUACUUAGUUACUUACCGGGCAUGGAAACGGUAAUCACCCACCCACGCAGAGUUACUUACCGGGCAUGGAAACGGUAAUCACCCACCCACGCAGAGUUACUUACCGGGCAUGGAAACGGUAAUCACCCACCCACGCAGAGUUACUGACCGGGCAUGGAAACGGUAAUCACCCACCCACGCAGAGUUACUUACCGGGCAUGGAAACGAUAAUCACCCACCCACGCAGAGUUACUUACCGGCAUGGAAACGAUAAUCACCCACCCACGCAGAGUUACUUACCGGGCAUGGAAACGGUAAUCACCCACCCACGCAGAGUUACUUACCGGGCAUGGAAACGGUAAUCACCCACCCACGCAGAGUUACUUACCGGGCAUGGAAACGGUAAUCACCCACCCACGCAGAGUUACUUACCGGGCAUGGAAACGGUAAUCACCCACCCACGCAGAGUUACUUACCGGGCAUGGAAACGGUAAUCACCCACCCACGCAGAGUUACUUACCGGGCAUGGAAACGGUAAUCACCCACCCACGCAGAGUUACUUACCGGGCAUGGAAACGGUAAUCACCCACCCACGCAGAGUUACUUACCGGGCAUGGAAACGGUAAUCACCCACCCACGCAGAGUUACUUACCGGCAUGGAAACGGUAAUCACCCACCCACGCAGAGUUACUUACCAGGCAUGGAAACGGUAAUCACCCACCCACGCAGAGUUACUUACCGGGCAUGGAAACGAUAAUCACCCACCCACGCAGAGUUACUUACCGGCAUGGAAACGAUAAUCACCCACCCACGCAGAGUUACUUACCGGGCAUGGAAACGGUAAUCACCCACCCACGCAGAGUUACUUACCGGGCAUGGAAACGGUAAUCACCCACCCACGCAGAGUUACUUACCGGGCAUGGAAACGGUAAUCACCCACCCACGCAGAGUUACUUACCGGGCAUGGAAACGGUAAUCACCCACCCACGCAGAGUUACUUACCGGCAUGGAAACGGUAAUCACCCACCCACGCAGAGUUACUUACCGGCAUGGAAACUGUAAUCACUUUAGCGGGGGAUAGUCAACAUACAGAGCUACUCCAUGUUAGCUGAUAGCAGAUCUAGAGGAUCUAUUCUCCCAUUUGUUUACAUCAAACAUGUAUUUAUAUUGUUUAUAUGAAUGUAUUGUAGAAAUUUUUAUGUUCAGAAAGACGUGGUAUUUCAUGUGCAUUGUAUGCCAUAUCUUUAAAUUCUUCAUAUUAGAAGCUUGAUAUCGGAAGAUAUUAUUUCAUCUGUCAACUCCACAACAUAAUAUUUAUGAAUACAUGCCUGUAUGCUGUUCUACAAAACUGUAACUUGUAAAUAAAUAAAUAACUUGUCUAAAAUCA